GAUUUUUCACAAAAAACCUGCAUUACUACACGAACCCAUUUCAUUGUGCGACGCGUAGAAAGCGGUGGCUGAAAAAUCUACUCGGUCGGCUGUCUGAAAAGACAUCCCAACCAAUUAAAUUACUCCCCCUUCUACACGAACGCUCCAAAUCGCUGCAGCUGUCUCUUGUCCUUUUAUUGUGAAUUUUUGUGAGUGUGUUUUGUUUACAAAACGUUGUUUCGUUGUUUCUCGCCAUCUUCUACACUGCAUUAUUGUUCAAUUAUUGUAAUUGUAGUACGCAACCGUUUUUAUUAUUUUUUUUCCGCCUUUAUUUUGGGUUAAAAAGUGACUAUUGUGAGAGAUCAUGCUUCUGUUAGUUGUGUGCAUUUCUGAUUAUAUUACUGAAAAAUAGGAUCUUUUACUCCGUAUUUUUGUGUGUAUUUUAUGUGGUGCAUUACCAUUACUGUGUGUAUGUCAGUGUGCGUAAUAAAUAGGCAUGUGAACUGAUAAUGAAAAUGGCCCUCUUAAAUUGUAGUUGUAGUCCCUCUCUCUCCCCUCCUCUCCCUUUCUCUCACAUGAAAGUAACUUUAGUCGAGUGUUCCAAGGUUUGGAGUUGAAUUUCAUUACUUACAACAAUAAAAAAAAUAAAAAGAAUACAUGUGCAGUUAGUUGCAAUAAAGAUCAAGAGCCAUUAUUAUUAGUAUGAGGGAGGGUUGUCAUUCUCCCAGUCACAACCACAGAGGAGGAACCAUGGCUGGAGCCCUGAUGCUGCUGCUUCCCCUUCUCUUUCCAACUCUUUUCACUCCUUUCAGCCAUGCCUUUCCCUCAGUUCUCUCGGAGUGGAAUGCUCCAAAACCGCGACAUACUCGUUUACUUAGGAGUGCUCUGGAACGCCAAACUUCUGCGGAGCAACAAGCUGAACUAUGGAGGCCUUUGGCCAACCAAGGAUGGAAAACUUGUCUCCGACAAGACAGUACCUCCACGCUGCCAGAGAAAUCUCAAGGCUAUAUUCAGGUGUUCCUCGAUGGAGGACUAAACCAGCAGAGAAUGGGUAUUUGUGAUGCAGUUGCUCUUGCUAAAAUUUUGAAUGCAACACUCAUAAUUCCGCAUCUUGAAGUAAAUCCUGUUUGGAAAGAUUCAAGCACAUUUGAGGAUAUUUUUGAUGUCGACCACUUCAUUAAUGUACUGAAAGAUGACGUAUCUAUUGUUAAAGAGUUGCCUGAUGAAUACUUUUGGAGCACUCGGGAGUACUAUGCUGCAGCAAUUCGAGCUAACAGAGUAAAAACGGCACCUGUUCAUGCUUCAGCAAACUGGUAUCUGGAAAAUGUCUCCCCUGUCCUGCAGAGCUACGGAAUAGCUGCAGUUGCACCUUUUUCCCACCGUCUGGCUUUUGACAAUAUGCCCAAGGACAUCCAGAGGCUACGGUGUAAGGUCAACUUCCAGGCACUAGUCUUUGUUCCUCACAUUCGGGAUCUGGGCAACUCUCUUGUCAGUCGUCUCAGAUAUCCUCCCACCACAAACGAUGUCGACAGCGGUAACUACCUCACAAGAGUAACUGAUUCUAAAGACAAACACGGGGAUGGAAAAUUUGUUGUUCUCCACCUUCGUUUUGACAAGGAUAUGGCUGCUCACUCAGCUUGCGACUUUGGUGGAGGCAAGGCUGAAAAACUAGCUCUUGCCAAGUAUCGACAAGUUAUUUGGCAGGGAAGGGUGUUAAAUUCUCAAUUCACUGAUGAGGAGUUGAGGAGUCAAGGGCGGUGCCCGUUGACCCCAGAAGAGAUUGGAUUGCUUCUAGCGGCUUUGGGGUUCGACAACAGCACUCGCUUGUAUCUUGCUUCUCACAAGGUGUAUGGCGGGGAAGCGAGGAUCUCGACCUUACGUAGUUUGUUUCCUCUUAUGGAAGACAAAAAGAGCCUUGCGUCUUCAGAAGAGAGAGCUCAAAUCAAAGGAAAAGCUUCACUAUUAGCUGCAGUUGAUUACUAUGUCAGCAUGCACAGCGAUAUCUUCAUUUCCGCCUCUCCUGGAAAUAUGCACAACGCCGUGGUUGGCCAUCGAACAUACGAGAACAUGAAGACGAUAAGGCCUAACAUGGCCCUUUUGGGGCAGCUUUUCUUGAACAAGAGCCUGACUUGGACGGAGUUUCAGGAGGCAGUUGUCGAAGGGCAUAAAGGCCGGCAAGGGCUACUCCGACUACGGAGGUCCCAACAGUCUAUUUAUACAUACCCGGCUCCAGACUGUAUGUGCAGUGCUUGAGGUUGUUCGUGUGUUUAUCGUGUCGAUCCUUGUAUGAAUUUAGCCUGCAUAUAGUAUUAGUAUGUGUGGCUUAUGGCUUGUAUUACUUAGAAAAAAAAAUAAAUGGUUUCUCAUCUUCAUUCAUUUGGGAUCGUCCAAGGGGUUAUAGAUUUGUAAAAUUUGAGGUCGUGAUCAGUUAUACAAUUAUCUUGAACCAGCAUUUAGGAUAUGAUUGUAAUAUGUUACACAUUUCCACUGUCUUAAAUUAUUUUGUUUAAUUAAUGCAUUUUAUCUUUUAA